GCACUUUAUGUAGAUGGUUGCACGUGCGUAUAUUCUGCAUACGCCACGAACAUGUCAGCUGUGGAGGCAGAUAGGAGUUGCUGAAGGUUGAACAAAAGGAGCGCUUCAUGACGCAUGCUCAGUAAACCUGCGGACACAACUUUUACGGAUGAAUGGACUUCACUGGCGGUUGAACCACGUGUCUCUGUGGCAGCUGCGCUUCUUCUCAGUACCUCUGGACAUAUUCACCAUUAUUUCAACAUGUGGGUCUUCAGCAUGGCCCAUCAGCACAAGCUGCUCCUCGGUUGGACUAGAAGUUUGCACAAGCGUGCAUCAAUCUCGGGAGUGGACUCUCAGUUUGCCUCCCACCACGUCUCCACGUCUCUCCUGUGCCCAGCGGACAGUAGCUUCAACCCUGUGGGGAAGAGACGACGCAGGGUGUCGAGCACCUCCAGUGUCCAACGCAAGCCUGUUGUAUCUGAUGGGUGGCAGAAACAGGAGAGGUCAGGUCAGAGUAAAACGUGGAAAAAGGAGAUCCCGGAGCUGCAGAGGCCAAAUCAGAGGAGGGAGGGUGACAGCAGAGUGUCCUCUGAACUCAGGAGACUCAGUCUGGAUGAUUUCCCUGCAGAGAAGGAGAGGAUGGCGGGACAGAAGUCAACGCUGCACCCCAGAGAAGACCACUAUGAGGUCGUCUUUGGCAUCGCCCCCUGCCUCUUGGCUCUCACUCAGGGCAGAAGGACGGCCAGAAAACUGUUUGUGAAAGACAGCGAGGCCUCUGACAGGGCGUCCGUGUUAAAGGUGUGUGAGGAGGCCCAUGGGCGAGGCGUUCAAGUGCAGCGGGUCAGCAAGAAAGAUCUGGACAAGAUGUCCUCUGGGCGAGUACAUCAAGGGGUGUGUCUGCAGGCGAGUCCUUUGGGCUUCCUCGCCGAAGACAGAGACUCCGCCGUGCCCAACGGGAGAGACCCCCCUCUCUGGCUCGUCCUGGAGAGAGUUCAGGACCCGAUGAAUCUCGGUGCCAUCCUGCGCUCGGCUUAUUUCCUGGGUGUGGACCGGGUCGCCAGCAGUCUUCGCCACAGCUGUCCGUUGUCCCCCGUGGUCAGCAAGGCCAGCUCAGGGGUCAUGGAGGUGAUCGGGGUGUACGGAUACGAGAACCUCGAAGAUAUGCUGAAGUUGAAGGUGGCGCGGGGCUGGCAGGUGGUCGGCACGGUGGGGGCCGAGGCAGCGGAGACACCGAUUCCUGUGACCCAGUGUUCAGACUUUCAGAUGACCAGACCCACGGUGUUGUUGAUGGGGGGCGAGGGGGAGGGAUUGUCCCAGCAGCUGCUCUCUCUGUGCCAAACCCUUCUCACCAUCCCAGCUGGCAGAGAGCUGUUCCCCGGUGUGGAGUCUCUCAACGUCUCUGUGGCUUCAGGCAUUCUGCUGCACGCUCUUCUGUCCUCCAGGAGGUCCACCGGACAAUGACCACCUUAAAGUUACUGUGAGGAACUGCAGUCGGAGCUCCGGAGGGAGGAGGAGAGCUCAGCUCCUGGCAGCAGCAGCGUC